UUCAUCUGGUGUUUUUAUUUUAAAGCUAAAGCUGGGCAAAAGUCGGGCAGAAAUUACGUUCACACACGACACGAGUAUACUUAUACAUGUGCCGCAGUCUGUCAGCGACGUUAGCAAUAAAAUAAUCGUGCAGAAUAUAAGAAUGAGAUGAUGUGUGAAAGUCCGUUAGCUGAGGGAGGAUGCUGAUAUUUUGACUGCUUUUAGCCGUUGUGCUAAAGCUAGCUCAUUUCACACUGACUGUGUGUGAAGACCAAAGACAACAGCUCCCAGACUUUAAACAAACAUUAACUUUAGCCGAAACCCACGCGAUCUGACCUGCAGCAGGGAAGCAUUAAAGAUGAAUGGUUGUGAGGAGCAGGAGGACGGGUGUGAAGCUGGAUCAUACCAGCUCUAACCUUCAGCUUUGACCUCUGCUGGGACUCGCUGAGCGAUUGACAUUAGUAAACAUGUCUGUGAAUGAAGACGCCGACCAUCCACGCUUCUUUGUGGGCGGUGAGGAUGGAGAGAUGGAUGAACUUCUUGACCCGGGCAGAGUGCUUGGCUAUGACUGCCUCUAUGAGAACGUAGAAGAAGAGGAUGAGGAUGAUGAAGAAUAUGAUUCGCCCCCAGAGAGACAGAUCGUGGUGGGUAUCUGUGCCAUGUCUAAGAAGUCCAAGUCUAAACCUAUGAAGGAGAUUCUUGAGCGACUGUGUCUGUUCAAAUACAUCACAGUUGUCACGCUUGAGGAGGAAGUCAUUCUCAAUGAGCCGGUGGACAACUGGCCACUCUGUGAUUGUCUCAUUUCUUUCCACUCCAAAGGAUUCCCGCUGGAUAAAGCGGUGGCUUAUGAGAAGCUGAGGAAUCCGUUUGUCAUCAAUAAUCUGGACAUGCAGUACUGUAUUCAGGACAGGAGAGAGGUGUAUGGGAUCCUGAAGGCAGAAGGCAUACAGCUCCCACGCUAUGCGGUUCUGAAUCGAAACCCUGCCAGACCAGAAGAAUGUAAUCUAGUGGAAGGAGAGGACCAUGUGGAGGUGAAUGGAGAGAUUUUUCAAAAGCCUUUCGUUGAGAAGCCAGUGAGCGCUGAAGACCACAACGUCUACAUCUACUACCCAACAUCAGCAGGAGGGGGCAGUCAGCGGCUUUUCCGCAAGAUUGGAAGCAGAAGUAGUGUUUAUUCCCCUGAAAGUAACGUCAGAAAGACUGGGUCAUAUAUCUACGAGGAAUUCAUGCCUACAGAUGGGACUGAUGUGAAGGUGUAUACUGUUGGUCCUGACUAUGCUCACGCGGAGGCCCGUAAAUCUCCCGCUCUGGAUGGGAAGGUGGAGCGAGACAGUGAGGGGAAGGAGGUCCGUUAUCCCGUCAUCCUUAAUGCCAGAGAGAAACUCAUCGCCUGGAAAGUCUGUUUGGCUUUUAAGCAAACAGUGUGUGGGUUCGACCUGCUCCGUGCCAACGGCCAGUCAUACGUCUGUGAUGUCAACGGCUUCAGUUUCGUAAAGAACUCCAUGAAAUACUAUGAUGACUGCGCAAAAAUCCUGGGGAAUAUCAUCAUGAGAGAAUUGGCCCCACAGUUUCAGAUCCCAUGGUCUAUACCUUUGGAAGCUGAAGACAUUCCCAUAGUUCCCACAACCUCAGGAACCAUGAUGGAGUUAAGGUGUGUAAUCGCUGUUAUUCGACAUGGUGACAGAACACCAAAACAGAAGAUGAAAAUGGAAGUUCGACACCAAAAAUUUUUUGAUCUCUUUGAAAAAUUUGAAGGUUACAAAACUGGAAAGCUGAAACUUAAAAAACCAAAGCAACUCCAAGAAGUGUUGGACAUUGCCAGGCAGCUGUUGGUGGAGCAAAAUAAUGAUUCCGAGAUCGAGGAGAGUAAAGCAAAGCUUGAACAACUAAAAACUGUCCUCGAAAUGUAUGGUCACUUCUCUGGCAUUAACCGUAAGGUCCAGUUAACAUAUCUGCCCCACGGCUGCCCUAAAACCUCCAGUGAAGAAGAAGAUGUGCAGAGGGAUGACCCGUCUCUGUUGCUGGUUUUGAAGUGGGGUGGAGAGUUGACCCCAGCUGGCAGGGUACAGGCUGAAGAGCUCGGUCGGGCCUUCAGGUGCAUGUACCCUGGAGGACAAGGCGAUUAUGCUGGUUUUCCUGGCUGCGGUCUUCUGCGUCUGCACAGCACGUACAGACACGAUCUGAAGAUAUACGCCUCUGAUGAAGGCCGUGUACAGAUGACUGCCGCGGCCUUCGCAAAAGGUCUGUUGGCGUUGGAGGGCGAGCUGACGCCGAUCCUCGUACAGAUGGUGAAGAGUGCGAAUAUGAACGGCCUGCUGGACAGUGACAGCGACUCCUUAAGCAGCUGCCAGCAGAAAGUCAAAGCACGACUUCACGAGAUACUUCAGAAAGACAGAGACUUCCUUCCUGAGGACUUUGAGAAGCUGGCGCCCACCUCCAGCACAUCUUUAGUGAAGUCCAUGCAGAUGAUCAAAAACCCCGUGCAGACGUGUGACAAGGUUUACUCCCUCAUUCAAAACCUCACGCUGCAGAUCCGCCAGAGGAUGGAAGACCCCAAGUAUGCAGAUAUCCAGCUGUACCACAGUGAGACUCUGGAGCUGAUGUUGCGGCGAUGGUCGAAACUGGAGAAAGAUUUUAAGAUGAAGAACGGCCGGUACAACAUCAGCAAGAUUCCUGACAUCUAUGACUGCAUUAAAUAUGAUGUGCAGCACAACAGCUCACUGAAACUCGACGACACCAUGGAAAUCUACCGGCUGUCCAAAGCCCUGGCUGACAUCGUCAUACCGCAGGAAUAUGGUAUCUCUCAGGCUGAGAAACUGGACAUUGCCAAAGGAUACUGCACCCCUCUGAUUCGCAAGAUUCGCUCUGAUCUCCAGAGGACGCAAGAUGACGACACAGUUAAUAAACUGCACCCUCUAUAUUCCAGUGGGGUUAUGUCUCCAGAACGACAUGUGAGGACCAGACUUUACUUCACCAGUGAGAGUCACGUACACUCGCUUCUGUCAAUCUUGCGUUAUGGAGCUCUCUGUGAUGAGGCCCAAGAUGAGCAGUGGAAGAGAGCCAUGGACUACCUCAAAAUAGUCAGUGAGCUAAACUACAUGACCCAGAUCGUCAUUAUGCUCUAUGAAGACCCAAACAAGGAUCCUUCAUCUGAGGAACGUUUCCAUGUGGAACUUCACUUCAGUCCAGGAGCUAAAGGCUGCGAGGAGGAUAAAAACCUGCCGUCUGGAUUUGGUUAUAGACCAGCAUCCAGAGAGAAUGAGGACUCUAAGAAAAAGUCCCAGAACGACAGUGAUGAGGAGUCUGGUGGCGCUAAACGGGACGAGCCGGACCGGGCCCUCAUGAUGUUUCGCCCUAUGGUAUCAGAUCCCAUCUACAUCCACAGGAAGUCUCCUCUUCCCCGCUCCAAAAAGAUCGGCUCUGUGGAAUCGCCAUUGCUGCAAAGCUAUUUCAAGACCCCUGCUGGCAAAGAAGACAGCCCCCUGAGUGUGUCUAGCCCUGACUCUAUAGGUACCUGGAUACAUUACACCUGUGGUGUUGGUACUGGGCGUCGAAGACGCAGAUCAGGGGACCAAAUAACUUCCUCCCCAGUCUCCCCCAAAUCACUGGCUUUCACAUCCAGUAUAUUUGGCUCAUGGCAACAGGUUCUGUCGGAGAACAACAGUCACGCCAGACCCAGCAGACUACACGCCGAUCACAAGCUCUCUUCUGGAAUAGGAUCUCAUUGUGCUGGACUGUUUAGCACCAUGGUGCUGGGCUGCUCCUCCAGUGCACCUAACCUACAAGAUUACGCUCGCGCGCACCGUAAAAAGCUGACCUCGGCUGGCUUCUUAGAGGAGGCUACACGUGGUUCUGCUGUAAAAAGAUUUUCUAUCACAUUUGCGCGCCACCCAACCAAUGUCUAUAUGUUCAGUGGGUUUGAGCUGUACUCCAUGGUUCCUUCAAUCUGCCCAUUGGAGACCCUCCAUAAUUCCCUGUCUCUCAAACAAGUGGAUGACUUCCUAUCCUCCAUCGCCAUGUUUCAUGAUCCAGUACUGGACAUAUCUGCGUCCUCUCCAGCUGUACAAACAAAGAAAGUUCCUUUAAACACAUACACUCCAGCAAAGGUUUUGCCCUGUCCAUUCACCCAGUCUCUCGGCAAGAGGACGCCAACAUGCUCACCAGAGAGGAGUGCUUCAGUUCAAGGUUCUUGUCCAGCUAGAAAACUGAAAGAAGUUUCAGACAGUAAUAAAAGUGACAGCAAAAAUGUACGUCAAGACUCUGAGAAUGAGCAGCCCAAAACUGCUGUUAGCAUCUCCAUUUCUUCAGCAGCUGAAUGUUACGACUGCACGAUAAAAAAGCAACCACAAUCCACCGGCAUAUCAAACCCUUACUCUGGAAAAUAAGACAACACAAUCUCAGACUGCUAACAUCUGCAAACCUCCACCCAACAAAGCGGAUUGAAAUGUCAGGGCACAACGAACGAAGCGGCUAACUAACACAUGACUUGUUAGGUUCUGCUCAACAUUCCCAUGGUCAUGGACAAUUCCUAUAUGUAUGUAUAUAAAUAUAUAUAUUAAUAAAGAACCAAUGAACCACAAUUAUUGGGUUUUACUUAUGAUGGCAUACUUGAGUUUCAUAUGUUUCAAAGUAUGUUGUCAUUGCUUUUACUGAUAAGAAUUACAAUAAUCAUCAACAGUCUCCUUUGGUAUUAAAAGGAUCAUCUAAAAAAAAAAACAGGAGAUGCCAAAAAUAUUCCUAUUUUUAUUACAAUCUCUAGUUUUACAUUUAGAAUUUCUAUUCUUAAUCUUACAGUAGAUUGUUACAUUUAAGAGUGGAUUUAUCGUAAAUGAUCAUGACAUUGAUUUGAAUGCUUUUCUGAAUAUUUAAAGAUUGCAGCAUUUUCUGGGGCCUCAUUAAACAGAAUUUGCACUUUCCCUUCACUGUCACUGAAGUCAUUUUAGUUACCAUGUUAACAAAAUGAAGAAAAACUCAUUUUCACACGUACUGUAUUUUCACAAUCAUUUUGUGUAUAUCGAGUAUACAUUUGUAUUCUUCUGUUCGUAUUGCUAUGACUGUGACUCACAGUAUCUACAGCAAUGUGAUCAGACCUCAUGACCAAACAUACAGCUCAAGUUGGAUCAAAAUGACAAAAUGAAGAUAUACUCCAUACAUGUAUUUCCUCGCUAUGGCAGCACUGUUGGCAUUGAUCAUGUUAAAUGUCUAGUGUUGACCAAGUUUGGUGACAAUCUCAUGAAUGUCUUUGGAGAAAAUAUUUACUGUACAUGUUCAGAGCCUGCAACUGUGUGAGAAUCCACAUUAAAUCCAAAAUGGCCGACUUCCUACUGGGAUGAGCUGAUGACUGUAAUUUGAAAAUGGCUUUGAGAACAAGCACAAGCAAAGAACAGGAGCUCUGAGUACUAAACACACAGUAUAUACAUAAACUAAAGAAAUGUAACACCGUGUCUGCACCGGACGUGGCGCGAUGCGACGCGACACAUGGCUUGUUCUAAUGGGAUUGUCUUGCCACGUCCGGUGUGGACAAAAU